UAUAUUAUAUACAAUCCAAGAUGGCUGCCGCAAGCAGUGGAAGCUCGACUUCAGUCCAGACUCAAAUGACUCAGGAUUCACACGCAGAACACAUGAACAGACUAAAGCAAUUGAUUCAUCUGGUUGAAAAUGCUCUUGUGAAUGUGUUAAGUCAAACAGACAUUGCUUUGCAACAGAAUGCAGAGUCGGGGGAAUCUGGAAAAACAGGUGACGAAGACCCGCAUCGACUCGAGCGAUAYCUCGAGGAUUUUCUUAACGUCAGUGAUCAAUUAGAGGAUCUUUUGGAAAGCAUGCAGGCAGCUGAAAGGAUGACGGCACUUAGCCAAAAAUAUGCACCAAAACCUGUGUCCAGCACAAGGACAGACAUCAGCCAAGACACACAGACAUAUACGGACUACCUCAGUAUAGCCAGAAAUCAAAUCAGCAUUUCUAAUGAAUUACAAGACCUUUUGGCUGAUUUUGUUAAAUCUAAGCUUACGUGACAAUAAUUUAUCCUGUUGUCAGGAUAGACAUUGUAUUAAAUUAUUAAUGUAUUAUUAAUGUAUUUUAGAACUGAAGAAUGAAUUGUAGGUUGGCAUACCUUGUUGAAAUAUAAUAUGUACAGAAUUAGAAGGGUUUGUUAUAAUAAACGUUUGUGAAAAUCAAUAUUG